AUUUUAAAUAAUAUACUGUGCAUUUAAUUUGCUGCCAUAAAAUAUUGCUACAAUAGAGAGUGUUGACCAUCAAAUGUUGACGAUAGCUGUUGACAGGUGCAGACGGCAGUGUAUUUAGACAAGAAAAUGUCUUAUCAGUAUAUCAUCCGACUCGUCAUGUUCAUUUUUUUUUCUUCACAAUAUUUACAACACACUAUACUAUUCUACUACUGUAAAAACUAAAAACGUGCAACACAACAAUGUUAAACGUAAAAUAAACAAACAUUAAGCUGUGUUCACAAGUGUGUACCAAUUACGUAAUAUUUACGCGGCUAUCAUUAAUGUGAAUCGGUUUUAAUUUUAAACGUAAAGUCAGUUUUAUUUGGAAUAGAUUUUUAUCAGCUGGUGUCUGACAGACAUUUCUGCCAACUAUUAAAUCAAAAUUGUUAAUUGUUAUUCAAAGUCUAGAAGUGGUCUAGAAGCGAUCGAUAACCUAAAAAUAUGGAGUUCAAAGUUUUCUUGUUUCGCAAUUUUUAAAAAGUCUUAGUUUAAGUCGAAAUUUCCAAAAAUAGCUCAAAUAUGCAGAACGUUAUCAAUAGUGUGAAAGGUACAGCCCUUGGCGUUGCCGAAUAUCUAACCCCGAUUUUGAAGGAAUCCAAAUUUAAAGAGACGGGAGUUCUUACCCCCGAAGAAUUCGUAGCUGCAGGUGAUCACCUCGUGCAUCAUUGUCCCACAUGGCAAUGGGCGGCUGGUGAUGAAAGCAAAGCCAAAUCCUACUUACCAAAAGACAAGCAAUUUCUGGUCACAAGAAACGUCCCAUGUACACGUAGGUGUGAGCAAAUGGAAUACUCAGAAGACUUGGAAAGAAUCAUUGAAUCAGAUGAUGCUGAUAAUGGCUGGGUUGACACCCAUCACUAUGAUCAGGAUCAAACAACGGCCGUCGUUGAGGAGAAAAUCUCCGAAAUGACUCUCAGCAACUCCAAGGGAGAGAGUAUGGAAGAAGCGGCCCUAAAUGAUGGGGAAAACCACGAUGACGACGACGAUGAUGAUGAAGCCGCAGAUAUGGAAGCUUUUGAGGAGAGUGGGAUGCUAGAUGAUGCACAGGCUACUACAGUGAUUCAACCAAAAGUAGCAGUGAAAAAAGAUGUAGAUGAGGAUGGUGAAAUAAUCCAUACACGCACAUACGAUUUGCAUAUUACUUAUGAUAAGUACUACCAAACUCCGCGACUGUGGCUUACUGGCUACAAUGAGCAUCACAAACCCCUCACUGUUGAAGAGUUGUAUCAAGAUGUAAGCAAAGAUUAUGCGAUGAAAACGGUAACAAUGGAGACACAUCCGCAUCUAAGUGUCCCUAAAAUGGCUUCAGUCCAUCCCUGCAGACACGCUGAGGUCAUGAAGAGCAUCAUCGAGACUGUAACUGAAGGCGGCGGUGAGUUAGGAGUACACAUGUACCUAAUAAUAUUUCUAAAAUUCAUGCAAUCGGUUAUCCCAACUAUAGAAUACGAUUAUACUCAAAACUUCACGAUGUAACGGGAGUUGAUAGCUUCAAUUUACUCAUUGUGCUUUUUAUUGUUAUGUUUAUUAUUAAAUCGGCGGUUUUUUUAUUAUAUUUUUCUAUUAAAAUGCUUGUGUAAUAAAUAUACAUCUUGAAAAUAAAUUAUACAGGCUCCCAAUGUA